CUCAGUCUCAUUCUACCUCUGUUAGGAAUGUCACUAAAUUAUUCGCUACGUUGGGUUUUUCUAUUAGUUGCGGUGGGACUCUUCAGAAGGACGAAGUCCCAAAUAUUCACAAUUGGUUCCUGCCCCAAUCCCAGUGUUGUUUCCGAUUUUGAAGUCGAUCAGUAUUUGGGAAAAUGGUACUACAACCGCAACUACUUUUCAAUAUUUAAAACCGGCCUCGAUUGCACAACGGUCGAGUACACGAUGAACGAAGACGAAAUCACCAUCAAAAUCGAAGGAUUUCUCAUCAACAAUAAAAAGAAAAAAACUACAUUCGGAAAAGCACGCGUAGUGACAUCCGGCAAGCUCACCGUAACGUUUAUACCUAAUGCUUUAACACAGGGAGCCGAAAACUACUGGAUACUCGACACGGACUACACUUCCUACGCAGUUGUAUGGAACUGUUUUCCACACGGGGUCAUGUAUUCAAGCACAGCGUGGAUCCUAACCCGUGAACGUAAUCCCUCGAGUGCCACAAUUGAUUUAGCAUUAGCUGCCUUCGAGAAGAACGACAUCGAUCAGACGAAAUUAAAAUUAGUCAAUCAGCAGGAUUGCGAAUAAGCGCAGGGCGGAUGAAGACUUCAAGCCCUUAGCAAUUUGGCUUGUAUAACAAACCGGCAAAACGUGUUGUACUUUCAAUAGAAUUAACUGUCAUUUCUGCUCAAUUCGUUUGACCCUCGCAGACUUGAAAAAUGAAUUAAUAAAAUACAACGAACUUCAUCAACGUGUAA